AUGAAUAGUCGAAAAAAAGAAUAAUAGUAAAUCUCAAAAAUUUAAGGCUAUAAAUACACAACCUAAAAAUAGACCUAGAUUCAUGAAAAAUAAAAGAAUUCUGUAAAUUAAGCAAUCUUGUUGUAAUCCAAAUAAUGUUACAAAUAAUAAUAACUAUAAGAUUAAGCUUUAAUAUAGUAUUAUAUUUUUGAGGACUAUUAAAAUUUGAUAAACCUCAUCUAUUCAUUACAAACUGUAAAUGAAUUCUUCAAAGAUGAUCCUGAUAAUGAAAUGGUUGUUUUGUGUAGAAAUAAAGUGAUUAAUUAAUUAAAUCUUUCAAAUACAAUUCAUCUUGACAUUUAAGAAACUUACAAAGACUAAGACUAUGCAUAUUUUAUAAAGCAAGAAAAAUAGAAAGUGAAAGAGCUUGUCUCUCAUUUGCCUCCUAAUAUUUAAAAUUCGAUAUACCUGCAAAUGUAUAGCUAGCGUAGCUUAUCUGAAAACAUUUAAAGCACACAUUAAGAGCUUGAAAAAAUGGAUUCUAGUUUUAUUAGCAAUGUUGUAUCUCAAAUAUUUUCUUCAAUGCACAUUGUUGAUUAAAAGGUCAGCCAAAUAUAAUCAUAAAAGUAUUAUAAAAUUCCUUCACCUUAUGAUGUCUUAGACAAAGCUCAGCAAUAUCAAAGUUUAACUUAAAUUAAACUAGAAGCUUCCUAUGGCUAAAAAUUACAAUCAUCAUCGCCCAGAACUGUUAAUUUGAAGUAACCAUAAGCCUAAAAUUCACUAGUAAGAAGUAAAUCAUGCAAAAAUCAUCCUACUAAACUAUAAUAGGAAAUCCAAAACUAACCUAAAGAAAAGAAAUAAUAAUAAUCUAACUAACAGGCCUUUUAAGGAAAUUAAAAUAAUCAUUUAAAGGGUCUGAUAAACUUGGCUAAUUGUUGAGAUUUUUGGAGUAUAAAACAAUUUGAGAAUCAUAAAAAGAUAUAAAUUUUUCAUUUUUCAUCAUUUUU